GGUACAAAAUCUGGAUUCAAUUGUACGUGUCGCAGACCGUGAUCUGCCGGUUGUGAAUACAAGAGGUGAUGUCCUAUUUAACUCGUGGAAGGGUAUAUUCAAUGGUCAAGGUGGCUUCUUUUCACAAGCGCCACGUAUCUACAGUUUCAGCGGCAAAAAUGUUUUGACAGAUCCUUUAUGGCCCCAAAAACAUGUCUGGCAUGGUUCGUUACCCAAUGGCGAACGUUCGAUUGACACAUAUUGCGAUGCCUGGCAUAGUGGAGCAAGAGAUAAAAUUGGCUUUGCCAGCAAUUUACUGGGCAACAAAUUAUUGGAUCAGGAGCGACUAACGUGCGAUAGUAAAUUAAUAGUACUUUGUGUAGAAGCACUAUCACAGGACCGGCGGAAAAAACGAGAUUUGAGUGACAGUGAUCAAGAUUUUCAUACGGCCGAGGAAUAUGAAGAACAUCUACGAAAUGUACUAACUUGA